UUCAAUCCGUAAUAUAUGGAUAAAGCGCGCGUACUCAAAAUCUCACAAGUCACAACAUUAGAAAUGUCUUCUUUUACAAUAACACUCUCACUAAUAAUCUCCUUAUCCUUUCUUUCGCUAUUAUUCAACAUCUCCACAGCACAAGUUCCUGCCUCCGACACCUUUACCUAUGUCAACGAAGGUUCUUUAAGCCAAUUUGACCGAGAUACCGAACUACCUAACGUUGAAUACAGCGCAAGUUAUCGUAUACUUGAGCCAAUCACCGGCAUUUUCCGGCUAUGUUUCUACAACACUACCCCCAAUGCCUACACACUUGCUCUCCGCAUGGGCCUCAGCCGCCGAACCACAAGGCGAUGGGUCUGGGAAGCCAACCGAGGUCGCCCUGUUCGUGAAAAUGCCACCUUAUCCUUAGGUUCCAAUGGAAACCUGGUCCUGGCCGAAGCUGACGGCCAGGUUGUAUGGCAAACCAACACCGCCAACAAAGGCGUGGUUGGAUUUGCCAUACUAGAGGAUGGUAACGUGGUCCUUCGUGACUCGAAAGGAAGCUUUGUAUGGCAAAGCUUCGAUUCCCCAACUGACACCUUGUUAGUUGGCCAAUCUCUUCGAGUCAAUGAAGGUCCGUAUAAGCUCGUGAGCCGGGAUUCGGUUACUAACAAUGUUGAUGGUGUGUAUAGUCUCGUUAUCGAACCUAAAAGAUUUGGUUUGUUUUAUAAAGAAAUGCUUUAUUGGGCGGCCCCGUUCCCCUUCUUAAGGAGAACAAAUGUGAAUUUGACAGAAGCCAAGUUAAAUAUCGCUGAUGCCGAGUAUGAAGGAAACGAUUUUCACGUACUCGACUUUACUAUCACGAACGGUCGACCCAUUCAAACACCGUCUUUAAAUAUGGGGACCCUUCUAUGCAAUGUCACGCAAUCGUAUCUCCGACUCGGCAUCGAUGGGAACCUAAGACUCUUCACUUAUCGGCCCGUUUUGCGUUAUAAUGCAUGGUUCGAGUUGUACACUUUGUUUGAUAGAGACGUGAGUGAAGCCGAUUUGGUUAGCGGGUCUGGAACUGUUGUUGAAGACGAGUGCCAAUUACAUUAUCGUUGUGGGAAGUUUGGCCUUUGUGAAAACAGUCAAUGUGUUGGGUGCCCGACCCCAACUGGGGUGGUGGCGUGGAGCAAGGAGUGUGACUCAAAGCCACCUGGUUGUAAUCCGAGUGGGUUUAAGUACUAUGAGCUCAAAGGAGUUGACCAUUUCACAGUUAAGUACACAUCCGGAAGCGGCCGGACGUCUCAGAGUAGUUGCGAGAACAGAUGCACAAAGGAUUGCAAGUGCCUCGGGUAUUUCUAUAACACGGAUAGCCAGAGGUGUUGGGUUGUUAACGAGUUGGGAACAUUGACACGAGUCGGGAACUCGACUCACUUGGCCUACAUCAAAACACCCAUCUAGUCACUACUUUUGUUCACCGAUCGAGAUGAAGGUGUCAAUAUGUACCUUUGUGUAUUUUGAAGUUAUGUAAUGUAUUUUUAGCUUUUCAAUUAAUAAAACGUACUUUAAAAUUAAAGUAAUUUGUGUAUGUUGCAACAAAAGGAGAAAUAAAAAAAUGUACGAGUUAACAA